AUGUCCGGACGCGGCAAGCAGGGCGGCAAGGCGCGCGCCAAGGCCAAGACGCGCUCGUCGCGGGCCGGGCUGCAGUUCCCCGUGGGCCGCGUGCACCGGCUGCUGCGCAAGGGCAACUACGCGGAGCGCGUGGGCGCCGGCGCGCCCGUGUACCUGGCGGCCGUGCUCGAGUACCUGACGGCCGAGAUCCUGGAGCUGGCGGGCAACGCGGCGCGCGACAACAAGAAGACGCGCAUCAUCCCGCGCCACCUGCAGCUGGCCAUCCGCAACGACGAGGAGCUCAACAAGCUGCUGGGCAAGGUCACCAUCGCGCAGGGCGGCGUGCUGCCCAACAUCCAGGCCGUGCUGCUGCCCAAGAAGACCGAGAGCCACCACAAGGCCAAGUGAGGCGCGAGGACAACGGCUCUUUUCAGAGCCACUCCCGUGGUCGGGAAAGGGCGACACUACCCGGAAGCCUGACGCC